CGAACUCCCAGCAGCGCGCGCCGGCGCUGACGACAGCAGGUGAUUUUUUCUCUGCAGCGCUCGUUCUCUCAGCAUCUUUCCUGGAUUUUUUUUCCCCCUGCUGAGCGGCAGAAAAGGGUGGGGCCGCUCCCCCUGCAGCAGAGACGGCGGCGGGCGGCGGCAGCUGCAGCGUCUUUGGGAGCAGCGGCAGAGGCAGCAAUGCUCAUUCUCCGAGGGAGGUGAUCGCCUCCGAGCCCUGCUAGGUGGCCGGCUGCGACCGGACGCCAGCAGGAAGGCGAAAUAGAGCCUCGUCCACGAACCCUGCAGCCACACUGCCCUGUCUUUCUUCUGCGCUAUGGCUUAAGUCCGCGGCCACCUUGCCUCGAGUCGCCUGGAUCGGCCGGGGUCUGCGCGCCGCCGCAGCCCCAGUGAGAGGCGCUUCCCUGACGCCUUCGCCCGAAGAUCUGGGGACGUCCUGUCUCUCACCCUUCGGUGACUGCAGCAGACUCCGUUUGCAGCCGGUAAUCAAGGGACUUGACAGACUAUCUCGGUGAUAGCUUUGCUGGCCCAACCUUCCCGGGUGCUUUCUGAGGGAGGACGGCGAGGUAGCUCAGGCCACCAAGGGAAAAAACGGUGCGAACCGGAUUGGCUGGUCGAGAGCCAGGGGAUUGAAGGAAGAUUAGAGACUUGCUUUAGAACCACAAAAAGAAAGGGAGGACCAGCUUUGCAGCUAAGCAUCAUGGCGUGGCCGUGCAUCACGCGGGCCUGCUGUAUCGCCCGCUUCUGGAACCAGCUGGACAAGGCGGACAUCGCCGUGCCGCUGGUUUUCACCAAGUACUCGGAGGCCACCGAGCACCCGGGCGCCCCGCCACAGCCGCCACCGCCUCAGCAGCAGCAGCAGCAGCAGCAGCAGCAGCAGCAGCAGGCGCAGCCAGCACAAGCGCCCCCCUCGGCGCGGGCUGUCGCCAUAGAGACGCAGCCGGCCCAAGGCGAGUUGGAUGCAGUUGCCCGGGCAACAGGGCCGGCGCCCGGGCCUAGUGGCGAAAGGGAGGCGGCGGCCGCAUCCGGCCGGAGUGGACUGGCCUCGGGCCCAGGCUCCGGCUCCACCUCCGGCGCGGGCCCAGCGGACUCGGUGAUGCGUCAGGACUACCGCGCCUGGAAGGUGCAGCGGCCCGAGCCGAGCUGCCGGCCCCGCAGCGAGUACCAGCCUUCCGACGCGCCUUUCGAGCGCGAGACCCAGUACCAGAAGGACUUCCGCGCCUGGCCACUGCCGCGCCGCGGGGACCACCCGUGGAUCCCCAAACCCGUGCAGAUCCCCACAUCCUCCCAAGCUUCGGUGCCUAUUCUCGGGGCGCCCAAGCGCCGGCCCCAGAGCCAGGAGCGCUGGCCGGUGCAGGCCGCCCCUGAGGCUCCGGAGCAGUCGGCGGCCCCUGGCGGAGCAGGUGUCCUCGCGGCGGGAAAGGCGUCCGGGGCGGAAGAACGCGACACACGCAGGAAGGCGGGGGCCUGGAUGGGGCGUCGCACGGAGGUGCCGGGGCCCGAGCACACGCCACUGCCCUCAGCCCAGGCGCAGGUCCAGGCCUCGGGCCCGGAGGGUGGCAAAGGGCGUGCAGCAGCGGACGCCCUCAACAGGCAAAUCCGCGAGGAGGUGGCAAGUGCGGUGGGCAGCUCCUACAGGAAUGAAUUCAGAGCAUGGACGGACAUCAAGCCUGUGAAACCAAUAAAAGCCAGGCCCCAGUACAAGCCUCCAGAGGAUAAGGUGGUUCACGAGACCAGCUACAGCGCCCAAUUCAAAGGGGAGGCCAAUAAGCCAACACUAGCUGACAACAAGAUCCUUGAGCGCAGGAGAAUACGCAGCCUCUACAGCGAACCUUUCAAGGAACCCCCAAAGGUGGAGAAACCUAGUGUUCAGAGUUCCAAACCAAAAAAGACCUCAGCAAGCCGUAAGCCCCAGAGGAAGGCCAAAGACAAACAGGUGGUGUUGGGCCGGGCCUCCAAGAAAAAGAGCGCGGAGGGCCCCAGUGCCGCCCCACCCGACGACAAGGAGCAAAGCAAAGAGAUGAACAAUAAACUGGCUGAAGCGAAAGAGAGCCAGGUCGAACCCACCAGUGAUAAGAAUCGAGGUCCUGUAGCCACAGAGCCAGACAAGAAUCAAGGUCCCGUGGGCCCGGGGCCUCUAAAAGAUCAAGGACUUGUGAUCCAAGAGCCUCCGAAGGAUCAAGCUCCUGUGGUCUCAGGGCCUCUGAAGGAUCUAGGUCCCAUAGUCCCCACACCAGUUAAGGAUCAAGAUCGUGUGGCCCCUGAGCCUUUAAAGAAUGAAGGGUCUGUGAUCUCAGCACCAGUCAAGGACCAAGGUUCCUGGUUCCCGGUGCCUCCAAAGAAUCAAAGUCCUGUGGUUCCAGCAAGAAUUAAGGAUCAAGGUUCCAUGGUACCAGAGCCUCCGAAGGAUCAAGGUCCCAUGACCCCAGCACCUGUCAAGGAUCAAGGUCCUAUGGUCCCAGAGCAUCUGAAGCAUCCAAGUGCCAUGGUGACAGCACCGAUAAAGAAAGAAGGUCUUGUGAUGCCUGAGCCCAUAAAGAAUCAAGGUAUAGUGGUCCCAGAGCCAGGCAAGGAUCAAAGUGGAGUGGUCCCAGGGCUUCUAAAGGAUGAUGCUGUGGUUGCAGCACCUGCAAAGAAUCAAGGUCCUGUGGUCCCAGCACUAGUCAAGGAUCGAGGCCCCAUGGUCCCCGAGUCUCCAAAGAAUCAAGGUCAUGUUGUCUCAGCACUAGUCAAGGACCAAGGUCCCAUGGUCCCCGAGCCUCCAAAGAAUCAAAGUCUUAUGGUUCUACCACUAGUUAAGGAUCGAGGCCCCAUGGUCCCCGAGCCUCCAAAGAAUCAAGGUCCUGUGGUCCCCGAGCCUGCGAAGAAUCCUGUUUCUAUAAUCCCCAUGCCUCCAAAAGAUCAAGACCCUCUGGUGCCACCACCAGCAAAGGACCAAGGUCCUAUGGUCCCUGAACCUCUGAAGACUCAAGGUCCCAAGGGCCCUCAGCUGCCCACUGUCUCACCUCCACCCCCAGUCAUGAUCCCAACUGUCCCACAUGCAGAAUAUAUUGAGAGUUCCCCUUGAUGCUCACCCCUUGACACACCAAGGAAGGAGCUGGCAGUGAAAGUGCUCCCUCUCCAGGGCAGCGAAGACUCACAUUUAAUAUGCAUGAAAUAUGUACUGUAUAGUCUUGCUGGAAUAUAAUAAAACUGGUCCCUCUGGCUCA